UGAUUGGCAAAUACUAAAAAAGAUUGACAGUAUCAAGUGGAGGGAAUGCAGGGGGCGGGCUGCAGUGUUAAAUGGGAGGGGUCACUGAAGACUGGAGCUCAUUGAUGACGCGACCCUCACGUGACCAGGAGUCGACGUGUGCAGAAGUCCUUAUAGUCCAGGGCCUGUUUCCCUGUAGCAGCUCCGUAUUGCUGGAGAAGGAGAAAAGUGCCCCGGAUCCCUUCAGGAUUAAUUUAUUCAAAAGAAAUAACAGAAAAAUACUCAACAUGCAAAAGUCUUGUGAAGAAAAUGAAGGAAAACCACAGAACAUGCCAAAGACCGAGGCCGACCGCCCUUCGGAAGAUGUACCACAGGAGGCGGAAGGAAAUCCUCAACCUUCCGAAGAAGGUGUAAGCCAGGAAGCAGAAGGAAAUCUUAGAGGAGAGCUGACCCAGCCUGGCCAGGGGUUUAAAGAGGACACUCCUGUGAGGCAUUUGGACCCUGAAGAAAUGAUAAGAGGAGUAGAUGAGUUGGAAAGGCUUAGGGAAGAGAUAAGAAGAGUAAGAAACAAGUUUGUGAUGAUGCAUUGGAAGCAAAGACAUUCACGCAGCCGUCCUUACCCUGUGUGCUUUAGGCCUUGAAUUCUUUUUUUGUCUGAUAUUAAAAUCUGGCCCCUGCUUUCUUUCUGUUAGCGUUUUCUGAUGUAUCUUUGACCUUCGUUUACUUUAAUCAUCUGGUGGAAUUUUGUUUUAGGUAGUUUCCUUGUUAUCAGCAUCUCACUGGAUUUUGUAUUUUGACCCAUUCUCCAGGUCUGUUUUUCAAUUGGAAAGUUUCACACAUUUGCAUGAAAAUAUAUUCAUUAUAUAUUGUGAAGUAAAACAUAACAGGUUACAAAGCGAUAUAUUUAGUAUCAGCUCACAUAUGUAGGAUUAAAUCCCAAAUUUGUGUGCGUGUGUGUGUAUACAUACAAACAUUUAUCAGAAACGUAACUGCUUA